AUGGCGUUCCAUAAGAACAAAUUUGCUGAAGUUCUUGCUUUCCUCCACACAUUUGCUACAGAUCUCUCAUUAAAUAAUCUAGAGCAGAUUAACGCUGUUAUUCAGUCAUUGAUUGAGCUGUGUGUUGGUAAUAUUAGAAACCAAGUUAUUGCAUUUAACAAGCUUGUUAUGGAUCCUGUUAACAGAAUAUUACAGCUUCAAUUGAAGAAGCAUGAUGAUUGUCUCAUUAAAGAGUCUGAAGAUUUUGAGCUGAUAAAAAAAUAUGUGGAAGUGAAAGGCAGUGUUGUUGAACUGCUUGAUGUUAUGCUUGAAGAAAUUAGUCCUCAAACCCUCACUCUUGCUAAAGGUAUUGGAUCAUCAUUGGAUGUUAAUUCUGUGUUGCUUACUAUGAAAAUGUUUCAUGAGCUACAAUCACUUCCAUUAAUCAAGGAACAGAAAUUGGAUGAUGAUUGUGAGAGGGGACGGAACAAAGCUUAUCAAGUUCUUGUAGCUCUAAUUGAAUAUAAAGCAAUUGACAUCAAAGAUGAAACAAAAUUGAUGAAGAGAGCAGAGGAACAAUCAUGUGAAGAAGCACUUAAUAGCUGCAAAGAAUGCUCCCAUUCCAUUGAGAUACACUAUGAAGAAGAUGGAGCCAAGCCAAUAAUUGCUAGAAUACACUUUCCUUUUAAGGCAAAGCUAAGAGAAGUAGCAACUGAGCUAGUACGUUGGAAUAUUAACAGAGACUCAAUGGACGAUAAACAAAGGGCUCUUGUUGACUUAAUGCCAGCACUUAGAAAAGAUGUUCUUCAUCAGACUAAGUUGAAGGAAACUAAAGUAAUGAAACCAUUCCUUGCUUAUUCCACUGUGCGUUCUCGUUUAUUGAUGCUGUUAACAAUCAUAUUGAAUAUAUUUGUGCUAUUUGUGUAUACAGUACCUGACAAGGAAAUGGGCAGCAACAGGUAA